UACAUUACGUAAGCCGAGGCAUGUCAUACUCGUCAAAGAGUUACAAGAACUGAGUAAAAACACACAAUUUUCGGCCAUUGUGGCUCAGGAAAAACAUCAAGAUGUCGACCAAAUUGAAGACUAUCAUAUGCUUACUGAGAAAUGACUUAAGGUAUCAUGAUAAUGAGGUGUUACACUGGGCCCAUCUGAAUGCAGACUUUGUUGUACCGUUGUACUGUUUAGACCCUCGUCAUUACAGCGGUACGUGGCAUUACUCCUUCCCCAAGACUGGACCACAUCGUCUCAAGUUCUUACUGCAAACCUUGCAUGAUCUGAAGGAUUCCCUCAAGAGUGUUGGCAGUGAACUGGUUGUCAGUAGAGGUGAACCUGAGAAAGUUAUUACCAACUUGAUCAGCCAGCUAGGUAAAGAGAACGUCAAAGCAGUAGCACUACAGCAAGAGGCAACUAGAGAGGAGACGGAUGUAGAAAGAGCUGUAGAGAAAUCCUGCCAGGUUCCCGUCCACAAAGUCUGGGGUUCAACUCUCUACCACAAAGAGGACAUACCAUUCAGAAUACCACAAUUACCAAAUGUGUUCACAGAGUUCCGCAAGAGGACUGAAAAUCAGUCAAGAGUCCGUCCAACGUUGUCCAUGCCCAGUAGGCUGAAACCACUACCAACUGGUGUAGACCCAGGCUGUAUACCUACAAUGGAGGAGUAUGGAAUGAAAGAACCAGCCCAGGAUCCACGUACUGCAUUCCCUUAUGGAGGUGGUGAGAGACAGGCCCUUGCAAGAAUUCAACAUUACUUCUGGGAUCAUGACUAUAUAGCGUCAUACAAGGAGACUCGUAACGGACUAAUAGGCCCCGAUUAUUCCACCAAAUUCUCCUCUUGGCUGGCUCUAGGAUGUCUAUCACCGCGGAAAAUAUAUGAAGAAAUCAAGAGAUACGAGAAGGAACGAAAAACAAACCAAUCAACUUACUGGGUGAUCUUUGAGCUGCUCUGGAGGGAUUAUUUCAAGUUUGUGGCCCUCAAAUUCGGGGAUCGUCUCUUCUACCUUAGUGGCCUUCUAGGUAAACACAGGGAGUGGCAGGAGAACCAGAAGCUUUUUGACGCAUGGCGAGAGGGUAAGACGGGGGUACCGUUUGUAGACGCCAAUAUGAGAGAGUUGGCUACCACUGGGUUCAUGUCCAACAGAGGCAGGCAGAACGUGGCAAGCUUCCUAACUAAAGAUCUUAAACUGGACUGGAGGCUAGGGGCAGAAUGGUUUGAACAUCUGCUGAUUGAUCAUGAUGUAUGCAGUAACUAUGGCAACUGGUUAUACUGCGCUGGUGUUGGCACUGACCCACGACCAGCCAGGAAGUUCAACAUGGUCAAACAAGGACUAGACUACGAUGCACAGGGUGACUACAUCAGAAGCUGGAUACCUGAACUACAAGCUAUUAAGGGAGGAGCCAUUCACACCCCCUGGGCCCUCAGCAGCUCUAUGCUAAUGAAGUGCGAGGUGACUUUGGGACACACCUAUCCCAUGCCGGUUGUCAAAGCUCCAGAAUGGGCAAAGCAUAUCAGAACUCAGGAAAGAGGAAAAAGCGGCAGAGGCCCCGAGCAGAGACAGCAAACCCGAGGCGUAGACUUCUACUUCUCAAGUUCCAGUCAAAAAUACAAGAAAUAAAGAGGUUAUACACCAACCUGUGGGCUCAGGUUUAUGAAGCUGCUUGAACUUAGCACAACAAAAUGCUUAUCCCCAGUUUGCAAUUUAAAGCACACAUGGGUGGUCUGUUUUUCACUGGAAUACAUCGACUAGUCAAGCUGUAUUCUGUUGACAACAGGGUUAAUGUUAACAUUUAGGGGGCAUAAUGUUGCAAUUGUUAUACCUCACUGCAAACAUUAUUGUUUUAUCGAACAAAACCUACCAAUAUCGAUGAGAUACUCUAAAUUAUGGAGGUAAUUCGGAAUUUGACUAGGGACAGUGCUUUAGGGUUAAAUCGAUUUAGUUGGUACUAGCUAAUAAAACCAUGCAGCAUUUGGCAUACAACAGGCAUGCACCUCCAUGCUCUGCUUCAUUUACCCUGUACAAAGAGGGACAAGGUAACUGGAGUCCAUGCUCAAAAUCUCCCCUUUUUGGGGGGGAUCGUUGUGUUAUCCUCAAUUCCGGAUCUUUACCCUUAUGUUGUACCAACAAAGAAUAAAUGCAGGUUUAAGAAUCCAGCAUGCCAUUGCCCAUCUUCUUCCAUCGCCUACAAUAGCUUUUACUGGCCUUGCAUGUACUUCUGACCAAGAUUCGAACCUAUUCACGGUGGAAAAUAUGAUUUUGGAAGGUUCAAGGAAAGUCUGACAAAUAACGUGCACAGUAAUGUAUUAAGACAGACGUGAAGUUGUUAUAGUGUUCAAAGUAGCUAUUAAACAGUACUUCAUUCAUCCUUAUUAUUUAGUGUUCAAAGUAGCUAUUAAACAGUAGUUCAUUCAUCCUUAUUAUUAUGUCAGGGUAAGCAUUUUGGGUUUUUUAUUCAACUCUUUUGUGCUGAUUUAUAUUUCACCAUUAUUUUGUUGCUUUUCCAAAAACAUUUUUGUGUACAAUAUUUAUUGUUUUCCCUUAUUAUACUAUUAGUCUUAACA